CUCUGACAACACAGUAAGAUACCGUAACAGCAAGUUUGACGACAAAUGGCGGCUUCAUCUACAGCUAUAUCGAUGGAGCAGAUGGCGAUGGAGGCGGCGUCCAUGCAAGACGCUCUUGCUGCCGCUGGCUUUGGAGAGGAGGGUGCCGCACUGGAGAUUGUGCAGAUGUACAAACGACAGAUGGAGGAGAUCUAUACUACGCUUAUCCAGCAUCGACACAAUCUACCGGCGGAUCUUCUCGACGAGGGUGAGGAGCUGGUCGGUGGUUGGGAGGAGGACCUCUAUGCAGAUCUUCCAUCUCAACGGCUGGGCGUGAUCGAAAAUGAACAGGUGAUGGCGGAAUUGGGUGUUUGUGUUGAAAUGAUAAAGAAAGUAAAGGGAAUCUUCGAUGAACUUAGGGAGGGGUUGUAUGGGGGUGCAAGGUGCGAUGAUGUGGAAAAGUGUUGCUGCGCGGGGCCUGAGGAGGGGCAGGUGCUGCGCACUGCGAUGCAGGAUCGAUCGUGGGAAGUGGAGGUCGUGAUUCGUCGUGGGGGGCUUGAGGAGGGGUGGGGUCCUUGCGGCGAACUGUUGGAGCGUGACAACGACGCAAGCACGAUCGGUAGGUAUGAUAACACCGAUUUCAGCACAGAGAGUAAUGGCAUCGCCGGUGGUUACAGCUUCAACACCAAAUUGAAUAAGAACAACAAUGACAAUGAUAAUAAGCGUAUCGUUAAUGAUUGCAGUGAUGAUUGUUUCGAAGCAGGAGAUACUGCUUUUUUUGACGCUUUCUUUGAUGCUGUCGCUGACGACAACAACAGCAACACCACUAUCAACAAAAGCGGUGAGAUCAACAGAAUUCAUGAUGGUGGCGAAGACAACAACGUCGGAGAUGACUUCCUCGAACGCGUUGAUACUGCUUUCGUUGAGGUCGUCGCUGGGAACGGCAAUGACAUUUGCGAUAAUAACGACAAUAAGCUCAACAACAAUGGUGGCAACUACGUCAUUCAUAUGACCAGGGCUAUCAACAACAAUAACGUGGUUGGAGACAGCAUAUAUGACAAACGUCAUGAUAAUGCGCAGGCUCACUCCCGCUCUUUUCACCUUCUCUUUUUGCUUCGCUGGUUUUUCGUGAAGCCCGAUCAGGGCUUGGGGUGUGUGGGGUGGGUGAUGGGCAGGUUUGGGAUACAGAAAGAUUGUGUGGCAAAGAGGGAUACCGGAUGGAGGCGAGUAGGGGUGGGAUAGAGCUGUUAGGGAAAAUUGGGCCGCAUAGGGCAGUGCGUGAAAAUAUCGCUUUCUCGCGGGGUUGCGUGGUGGUAACUCGGGUUUCGUAUGGUCUUUUACUAUACAUGAUUGAGCAGGUGGCGAGGAAGUGGGAAUAUGUCGCAAAUCGCAAAUUGCCACGUCGCUGCUCGGUGAUAUUUCUCUAUCUACCCCCUUUUCUUUGACACGGAUUGGUAUGAGCUGUGGCCGCGUCGGAUCCCCUCUGUUUCAUCGGUCGACGUGCUGUUGGUUUAUUUCUGCUUUUGUCUGCCUGAUAGCGAGUUCAGAGCAGGCGAAGAUUAACGGUUGGAGGUUUCAAUGGGGGAUGGCAUUUUUUAUCUUCCCUAUGGAUGACAACCCCUCUUCCUCAUAGGCAUGUUUACGAUCCACAUAGGCAUGUUUACGAUCCAUGUGGCUUAUGAUGAGGAAUUUGAAGUAGGAAUAUGACUCUGAAUUUGGAUGGGCAGUUAAUCCCCUCAGUUGAGGGCAAUCAAUGCUGCCCACCGGG